UAUAUAUAUACAGUAGAAUUCAUAUAUAACGACUUCGCUUAAAACGACUAACCGGUUUUAGCGACGACAAUGUUUACUCAAGUUAGGUUCCAUAGUUAGUUACUAAGAAAAUACAUCCGUUUAGUGCGACUCUGGUUUAAGCGACCAACUGCUUAUAGCGACCGUUAUUUAUAAAAAUACGUCCGGUUAAAACGACGCGCAAUGUUUUGUUUAUGCCUAUAUGCCUACGCACCUACACCUCGGCUGAGCAACCUCACCCCGCGACCCCGCACGCUUCACUUCUCGAUAUUGGCGCGCAUAAAUAACAGUUGAGUGUUUGUAACUGUUAUGACAAGUUCAUAAAACUUGACAAAAUGAGUUCUGUGAAGCGAAAGUGUUUUACGAUUGAAGAAAAAAGUGCAAUAUUACACCGAUUAGAAGCCGGUGAAUCGAAUGCUACACUCGCAAAGGAGUUUGGUGUAUCUCAUUCUACAAUAUCCACAAUAAAGAAGAGUAAAGAUAAGAUCGAGCCGCUGUUUAAUGCCAAAGUUUUAAAAUGCAAACGUGUAAGGACGUCUACUUAUGAGCAGGUGGAUAAGGCAUUGUUACAGUGGUUUAAGCUUCAACGCGACCGGGGAAUACCCGUUAAUGGACCUCUGCUACAAGAAAAGGCUAACUUUUUUGCUAGACAAUUAGAUAUCCAAGAUUUCAAAUGUUCCAUGAGUUGGAUAAAUCGUUUCAAAGUAAGACACAACAUCGUUAGUGGUAAGAUUGCUGGAGAAUCUUUGUCAGUUCAACAGAGUGAUGUGAUCGAUUGGUUAGAAAAAGUUUGGCCAACUCUACGUGCGCAAUUUAAAGAUAAUGAAAUUUUUAAUGCGGAUGAGACUGGACUGUUUUAUAAAUUGACUCCGGACAAGACGUUGAAAUUUAAAGGUGAGAAAUGUAAAGGAGGAAAGUUAUCAAAGGAGAGAAUAACUGUGAUGGUGGCAGCCAAUAUGAGUGGCACAGUUAAAAAAAAACUUCUCGUAAUCGGAAAAUCUCAACGCCCCAGAUGUUUUAAAAAUGUACGGCAUUUGCCAGUAGAUUAUGAGAGCAAUCGAAGAGCCUGGAUGACUGCUGAAAUUUUUACCAAAUGGGUACGUGCUUGGGAUCGUGAACUUACGAAAAAGAACAAGAAAAUCCUGCUGUUAGUUGACAACUGUCCUGCACAUCCCCACAUUGCUGACUUGAAAAGGAUAACUCUGGUGUUUCUACCUCCAAACACGACAUCAGUAUUGCAACCCAUGGAUCAAGGGAUUAUUCGAGCUCUGAAAGCACAUUUUCGUAAAAACCUUGUCCUGAAAAUGAUCCAGCUUCUAGAUGGCUGCGGAAGCUGUAGUGUUGAGUACCCAAAGAUGAAUGUUCUUGAUGCUAUUCUAAUGAUUCAAGAUGCCUGGACCCAACUCAAGCAAGGAACAAUUUUUAACUGUUUCAAACACGCUGGUUUUGUCCGAAGCGAAUGUAACACAGUAGUAACUUCAAAUACAGAGGAUUUUAACGAAGAAGACGACGUACCACUGAGCGUUUGGGCAAGGGCUAUUGAUAAGCAUCAGUUAACCAUAACAAACGAGGACUUUGAACAAUUCACCUGUGUCGAUGAUGCUGUCGCCACGUGCGAAGAGCCGUGUGAUGAAAACAUCGUGGAAAAUAUCAUUGCCAGCGACGCGAACAGCCAAGAAAGCGACGGCGAUGAUGACGAACCAGAGGAGGUUCAUCCAACAUUGAGUGUAUCUGAUGCUCUGAAGGCUGCAGAAACGCUCAAUGUGUUUGUUCAGACUAACUUUGAUGAUGAUAUUAUGAAAACGAUGAUGUCACGAAUCCACAAUGCCGUACGAAGCUCUUAUUACCGAACAAAAGUUUGUCAAAAACAAACACAAAUAACAGAC